UCAUCGACUCGCAGUCAGCGAUGCUAUUAUCCGCUCGAAACACAAAGCCUUGGCGGAGUCUUCCGCCAUUUUUCGCUCUCUUCCGUUGCCUCCGCCGCGCCGAACUGAAGUUCUCCACUUCCUCAUCUUCAGCCAAGACAUCGCUCUAUUUACACGAGGUCUAUGAUGAUUUCUUGCCGUGGUUGGAGCAGAAGGCUGGGGCUGAGAUUUCUUCGGUGCUUUCGAUUGGGAAAUCCGCUUAUGGCAGGUCAUUGUACGCUUCUAAGCCGAUACAAACUGGGGAUUGCAUAUUGAAGGUUCCUUACAGCGUGCAACUAGCUCCAGAAAAUCUCCUUCCAGCAAUUAAUUAUUUCUUAGGUGAUGGAGUUGGUAAUGUUGCAAAGCUUGCUAUAGUCAUUCUAGUUGAGCAGAAAUUGGGUCAGGAUUCUGAAUGGGCUCCAUAUGUCAGCCGUCUUCCACAGCCUGAGGAGAUGCAUAGCACUGUAUUCUGGAGUCAUGAUGAGUUGGAGAUGAUUCGACCAAGCUUUUUGUAUCAGGAAACCAUUAAACAAAAGGCUCAAAUUGAAAAGGAAUUUUUGGCAAAUAGACCAGCUCUUCGUUACUUCUCUAAUGUUCUUGGAGAUGUUACAUUAAAGGAGUUUAGACAUGCAUAUGGUUUAGUUACAUCUAGAGCAUGGCAUAGCACACAGGGCGUAUCCAUGAUUCCAUUUGCAGAUUUUCUAAAUCAUGAUGGCAUUUCAGAGGCAGAUGUUUUGAGUGAUGAAGGCAAAAAACACUCAGAGGUUAUUGCUGAUCGUAAUUAUGCUCCUGGUGAUCAGGUCCUAAUAAGAUAUGGGAAAUUUUCCAAUGCUACACUCCUGUUGGACUUUGGGUUUACGCUUCCAUACAACAUUUAUGACCAGGUUCAGGUAGAGCUCAGUAUUCCUCAUCAUGACCAGCUCCGGGCAAUGAAGUUGGAACUUUUGCGUAGACAUUGUACACCGACCAUUAAAGAUGUCAAUGGCUUCAGCUCUUCUGAGAAUAUGUUCACAAUCAAGUUGGUACUCGAUCAUGGAAUUUGAUUUCUCUAACAUGGAUGCUAUUGAACAUUGAUUCCAACAUUGAAUUUUAUCUUGCUACCUUCAAUUGGAAUGGGAAAAAGGGCAGAAUAACAAAAGAAAAAUCAAGGGCAUGACAAACAGAAGAGGUAGAGAAGUUAAAGGUGCCAACUGCCAAGUCUAUGUGCUCAUUAAUGGAGGCUGUUGGGAGGGGAUAGACUAGUCUCGUUAUAUUAUCUUGGAUCUAGAGGGAAUCUGAAAGAGUCUCAAAGCUGAACCGAAACAUCUGGGCUAUGAUGGACCUUUUUCUUAGUAAAAGUAAAACUUCAUCAUAGUCAUUCAUUAUGCUUUGCUGCUUCACUGGAAGUUGCGUGCCAGGUGGUUUGCUGAUGGUCAUUCCAUAGUUUUUCUAAAUGCAGCUACAAUGAAUCAGAUUAAAAAUGUUGAGUCAGGAUGUAAGUAACAAAUUUUAAAAUGGUAAAGAUGGAAUAAACUGAACCAAUAGAGGUGUAAUUAGGGGGCAUGAGGCAGAUUUUUAAUUUAGCAUGAGAAUGACUUAAAAUUUGAAUAAAGAGGGAUCCAUUUUGGAUGAUGUCAAAUUUCCCCCACAGUUUGUAUCAACAAUGGUAAUCAAUAGAUUCAAAUGUGCCUGGCAUUGGUCUUAGACCUAUAUUUAUCUACAGUAAUUAGUGUCUCCCUGUUUGAUGUCAAAAAAGUGUAUUUUAAUACAUGGAAAGUGAAACUUUGUUUAUGGCCAAUAAAAGUGAUGUAAAACUCAAACAUAGCACAAUCACACACAAAUGUUUUGCCACAUUUGCAAUUUCAAUAGACUCAGCUUUUUGUUAAAAAAAAUUAACCUUGUGAAAGGAUAUAUAUGUACCUCCUGUCAACUGUGUGAAACCUUGUGACUUUUUGCUAAAAUAUGAUAUUUCAGUAAUGAUGGUUUGAUGGAGUCUUGAAACUCAAGAAUAGAUAGUAAUCCACAGAUAAAGCAUCUGACAAGUUCUUUUUUGCUGGGUAAGUUUUGAAGGAACGAUGUCAAUAUCUCGAUCUGUCCUGCUAUAUUCUGAUUGCUAAAUUUAACAACUUGGCAUGCAAAUACCUGUACACCAUGUUUUGGGUGGGAAAGGAUCACUACCUAUGUUUCUCUGAUUCCAUUUUGAGGUUGUUAUCUGAGGGACUGAAUGUUUUACGCUAAUAUGUUAUUUAGAUUUAAGUUGUGAUUUUCUACCUCCACAUCUGAAACUGAUUUUGAUUGAUGAUAAUUUUGCAGUAUCUGCAUGCCUUGCUGCAACAGAUGUCAAUUUUAUGCUUUUGUAUCACUAAUUGUUACGGUUUAUGGGAGUAAUUAUUUUGACUGUCCCUCCUAUUUCUGAUAUCUUUUCUGCAGAAAAGUGAGGUCUGCUAAUGGGAAAGGGAGAGGAAUCCCGUUAUCGCUUCGUGCAUUUGCUCGUGUUUUAUGUUCCACCUCUGCGGCAGAAUUAGACGAUUUGGCUAUGGAAGCUGCACAAAAUGAUGGGCGACUGGCUCGAUAUCCGUUGAAGAACAGAAGCAGAGAGAUUCUAGCUCACCAGUUCUUGCUUUCAAGGAUUACCGAGUUCAUUGAAAAGUAUAGUGCAUGUAUAGAGUCAUUGGGGUCUUCCGAUUCUCCUUGUAUAUUUGGACAACUUGCUUUAAGGAGACAAUUGGCUCGAGAUCUCCUUGUUGGCGAGCUUCGUGUCUUGAAAUCUGCUUCUGCAUGGCUGAAGAACUACUGUGCAACCUCAGCAGAAAUUCAAGAAAAACAAUAAAACCUCUGAUUCAAAGAAAGAAGGCGUGCUCAAAUGGUUUUAUACAGGUCAAAGUCAUUAAUUUGUGUAGCUACUGCCGUAUAGAAGCCUUCAUACUUACAUUCAGUUCACUUGUCACCAUAUUUAGAGGACUACUCUGUCUGAUUGUUUUGUUUCUCAGGAUUCGAUCUCUUGUGGUGUCCAACGCUGGAAAACAAUGAUCUUCACAGCGUUGGCACUGGCAUGGAGCAUCUGUACCCCAUUCCUGUCCAGAUAUCGACGCCAUAACUUUGGCUCUGCGCUUUUUUUAUAUAUAUUUUUUAAAAUUUUUGGGGCUGAGGUAUUGUAUUGAUGUUUGUAACAUAUUUCUGAGAAUUGUUGACUCUGCGCCUUUGCAAAACAUGUGCGCAAUUGGGUUACCUUGAUCUGUAAUUACAGGUCCAGCAAUUACUUUCUGAAAGAGGUUUUCAUCAAUCCCAUUAAUGUCUAACAACUUUAGUUUUGAUCUAAGUGGUUUUCGACAAGGUUUGAACUCACGAUCUUAAGGUCCAACAAUGAGAACAACAAGGGGGUGGUCAGGCCAACCAUCAACCUCGAACUUGGUUCAGUUGGCUUGUCAAAAUUACACACUUACGGAGGUGGGUUAGACAAGUUCUCG